UGGCGCCCCGCCCGGGAGCCCCGCGGGCGCCAGCCAUGUUCUCGGAGCGGGCAGCUCCCACCGCACAGAGCCUGCUGGCGCCGCCGUCCACGGAGGCCUCCACGUUCGCCAGAGUGCCCGUGUCCACCUAUGCGAACUGCUCCCAGCACUUCCGGCUGGCGGAGCGCAGCUUUAAUCGCCAGUAUGCCCACAUCUACGCCACUCGCCUCGUUCAGAUGAGACCCCUCCUGCUGGAGAGAGCCCGGCAGAAAUGGGGCAGCAGCAUAGCUGUGAAGAAGCUGUGUGAGCUGCAGGUCGCGGAGAAGUGCUGCAUCGUGGGAACCCUCUUCAAGUCCAUGCAGCUGCAGCCCUCCAUCCUGCGGGAGAUCAGCGAGGAGGUAGUGACCCCCGGAGGGGCCCAGGGCCUCGGCACAGGCAGCAGCAUAGCUGUGAAGAAGCUGUGUGAGCUGCAGGUCGCGGAGAAGUGCUGCAUCGUGGGAACCCUCUUCAAGUCCAUGCAGCUGCAGCCCUCCAUCCUGCGGGAGAUCAGCGAGGAGGCAGCCCUGCCCCGGCAGCUGCCCCGGAGCGGGCCCAGCUCUGACAGGUUUGUCUUGCUGGUGUCCGGCCUGGGCCUGGGAGGCGGGAGCGGCGAGAGCUCCCUGGGCAUGCAGCUGCUGGUGGACGUGGUGACGGGGCAGCUGGGGGCCGAGGGCGAGCAAAACUGUGCGGCGCAGAUCUCCCGCGUCAUCCUGGCAGGCAACCUGCUCAGCCAGAACACGCAGAACAGAGACACCCUCCACAAGGUAGGGCCCGCGGAUGCCCUGGGGCUGGGGAGUGGAGGGGUCUUGGCCCAGUGCCUUUCCCCAGCACGCAGGUGUGUCUGCGCAGACUGGCGCCUGCAUGGGCAGGGGAAGCGGGCACCGGGCUGGGCACCCCUGGCGAGCGCCUACUCCACACUACAGCUGGUCACCAACCCCUACCAGGCCAACAUCGACGGGGUCCGGUUUCUGGGGACGUCUGGCCAGAACAUCAGCGACAUCUUCAAGUACAGCAGCAUGGAGGACUACCUGGAGAUCCUGGAACCCUCGCCUCUCCCCCCAGCCUGCUACCCUUUCUACAAGACUGACCCCUUCAUCUUCUCCGACUGCCCUCACGUCUACUUCUGCGGGAACGCGCCGGGCUUCCAGGCCAAGGAGCUCACAGGGGCGGACGGACAGCAGGUGCUGCUGGUGACCGUCCCUGACUUCAGCGCCACCCAGACCGCCUGCCUGGUCAACCUGCGCAGCCCCCCCUGCCAGCCAAUCAGCUUCUCCGGCUUCGGCGCCGAGGACAGCGAGAUGGACGUUAGCCACUGAGCCGCGGGGCACGGGUGGAGCUCAAUAAACCCCUCCCACCCCGUG